UCCAUAGAUUAGGCCCUAAUGAAUUUAUUUUAAUUGACUGAUUUUCUUAUAUGAACUGUAACUCAGUCAAAUCUUUGAAAUUGUUGCAUGUUGCAUUCAUAUUUUUGUUCAGUGCAGUAACCAACGCCAAGGCGGCCCGUAAAGUUUUUCACAGAGCCAGCUUGUCUCUGUCUGAUAUUAUUGUGAUGCCUACACAGCAUCUGGGUGCUCAUUAUAUACACACUAACUAUAGCUAAAUAACAUAGCAAUAUUUAAUGAUGUUUUGCCAGCAAGAUUGAUCUUUUAGAAUAUCUCAUUUUAAUUCCAGAAGAUGGACAAUCAAGACUAAUAGUGAGAGGUGGAAAUGCAUUGAACCAGAGGCAGGUAGGCUACAGGUAGGAUGAUUAACCUGUGCCCCCACACAUUGACUCUGUACCGGUACCCCCUUUAUAUAGUCUCGCUACAACACCCAAUAGUACUCGUUACAUUUUGAAUGCUUAGCAGGACAAGAAAAUUAUCACAUUUUUGCACUUAUCAAGAGAACAUCCCUGGUCAUCCCUACUGUCUCUGAUCUGGCGGUCUCACUAAACCCAAAUGCUUUUUUUUGUAAAUUAUGUGAGUGUUGGGGUGUGCCCCUCCCUAUCUGUAAAUUAAAAAAAUUAAAUAAUAAUAAUGCCAUCUGGUUUGCCUAACAUAAGGAAUUAGAAAAUAUUUAUACUUUUACUUUUGAUACUUAAGUAUAUUUAAAACCAAAUACUUUGACUUUUACUCUAAUAGUAUUUUACUGGGUGACUGUCACUUUUACUUGAGUCACUUUCUAUUAAGGUAUCUUUGCCUAUACUCAAGUACAACAAUUUGGUACUUUCCACCCCUGUGUAAAUGCAACAAGUACUGAUACUGUAUCAUAUAAUAGUACUCACAGCUUUCCGAGAAAAACGUGUCCGGAAGUUUUGCAAGCAUGCCCGGGAAGUCUCGCAAUGUUUUUAUUUUAUUAACAGUAACAUGCCAAACAUAACAGCCAGAGGGCUUCCACAAAGAAAUUAGAAAAAAAUUAAAAUGAUCCACAUUAUAUCAAUUAUAUCAUUAUAUCAAUUCAAAUACAGACAUGUAGCAAAUACAUUUUUUAAACAUUUUGUUUUGUAUACGUUUUAACGACUCUAAAUAGUUUUCCAAAUCAGAUUUAAAAAUUAAGGGGAUUUUUCUUCAUAUAUUUUGAGGCCAAGAUAUAGUUUUACAUCAGUCCAGAACACUUCACUAUAUAAACAAUGACAGAAGUGUUCAAUAGAUUGUUUCUAGUUCACAAAAACUGCAUUCACUGGUAACAUCAGGUAUAUAUUUAGAAAUCAAGCUAUUACACGGAUAGAAUCUAUGGAUAAUCUUAAAGGAGAUCUCCUUUACUUUAUUGGUCACCAUAAAUAUGUGUGGAGUGAGCCAAGCAUGGCGCCAGUUUACAUCAAACACUGAAGCCCAACAAAAUAUCGCAGAGGGAAUAGACUUCCUGUAGAAAAUAUCCCUUAAUAAACGAUAGUUGAAUUUCGUAUCUAGUAGACCAAUGCCAUUCACCUGGAUAUCGCUUACAAUCGGAGAUGUUCCAAAAUAUGCAUUAUUCUGAAGUAAAGUUUUUAUCCCACUAGGUAUAGCUUUAAUAACUGUGUCAUAUGCCUUGCUUGAAACCUCAACCUUUAUCUUUCCAUACAUUUUCUCUGUAAAUAGAUUCCCACUAAAAAUCAUAAUCGGUCGACCUCUACUCUGAACUUCUGAAAACAAAACGAGGUAUAACAUUCCAGAAACUAUGAGGAUUUUUUAUGUACCUUUUAAUCCAGUUGACCUUUGAUAUCUGAUUGAAGAGAGUGAAGUCUAAGACAUUUAGACCGCCAUCACAAACCCUCUUAUGUGGCUUGUUUUUCCAUAUGAAGUUGUACAAAAGCCUAAGGUACAGCAAGUGGAUUUGGGAAUGUCAAUAGAUGAAAAAAGAUAGGAUGCACGAUAUAGCCCCUCAGCUUCGGAUAAAAGCACCCUUCCUUGAAGACUUUUUUUUGUGACAGAUUCAGUUACAGGGUUCAAAUUAAGAUCACCAAAAAUCUUACGGCUGUGAAUGAUCUUUACACCGAGGUAGGUUACAGUAUCUUUUUCAGAGAUGUUACAAUCUGAUGGAUUGACAGCUCCUUUCAUAACAAACCUGAGAUUUUGGAGAACUGCUUCACGAUAUCCAAUGCUAAUCUAGUUUGUGACACAUUUUAUUUUAUUUUAAAUGGUGUCAUCCACCAGUUGGGAUAUCUUGAUCUCUCUGGCCAGGAAUGUAAUGCCUUCAAAUUGACUUUUAUGAACUAAUGAGCAUAAAAUUUGAGAUACUAACAAAAAUAAAAAAGGUGAAGUUGGACAACCUUGUCAUAUUCCUUUGUAAAUGUUAAAUCUUGAGGAUGUUCCAUGACAGAGUUUGAUACAACUAUUGCCACCAUUAAAUAUAGUUCUAAUAGCAUCAACAGCAAAAAACGACCAAAUUCCAAAUGCUUAAGACAAUCAAAGAUAAAAUUGUGACUUACUGUAUCAAAUGCUUUCUGAAAAUCCCAAAAUAGGAUAACAGGGAAGUCAUUAGAUAUAUGGCGCCCUUUCAUAAACGCUGAUUGACAUUCAUCAAUCAGAUCAUUCAAGCAAGACUUCAACCUUUUUGCAAAGAUUAUGGCUAUAAUUUUGUAGUUGUUAUUUAGGAGUGUGAUUGGAUGCCAAUUAUCAAUAUUUAAGAGAUCCUUGUGUGGUUUAGGUAUAAGAGUAAUAACCCCUUGCUUCAGAGAGGCAGGUAAUUCUCCCUUCUUUAUAGCCUCCUCCUAAAGGCUUCAAGUAAAAAGUGUGCUAUUUCUUCAGAGAAGGUUUUUUCUUCCCAAUACGAUGAGAGACAUCCACAGCCAUAUCCAUCGGAGAAGUCCUGUGCCACACGGUUACAGAUGUCUCUUACUAAGCGCUUCACAUUCUCAUCCUGGUCCUAGGGGACACCGUAAAGCCGUAGCCCCCACCUUCUCCGGUAUCGCUCUGCUUCGGAUAAGCACUCUUGACUGUCUGUGAUGGUCUUCUCCUGUGCAGUGCAUUUCUCAGAAGUAGCCGUUUUUGCACGUUUAUGCUCUUCGAUACUCUUGUAUGCAUGACUCAGAGAGGUCUCGAGGUCAACUAUUUUUGAUGUUUUCGCGUAUCAUUUUCUCCAGACCAUCGGCUCUUUCGUUUAUCUUUGCAGAGACAGCAUCGACUAUGUUCUCCCGAGGAGUCAGAUGGCGUUUUUUCUCCAAUGUAUGAGUGCUCAGCUAGAAACUGCCUUCUCUUUGCUCUUUCACACAUUUUUUUCUUACAUUUCUCAAAGUUUCAGAUCAAAUUAGCGGUCAAUUAAGCUUUGUUCUCUAUUGUGUUUACUAUAAGCCAAGUUCUGUUACAUUUAAGUACGUUUGCGAGGGAUAAAAGUUAAGGUUACUCGGAGCAAGCUGAAAUCUCGUCUGCACUCGCCGCCAUCUUCACCACCCCCAGUCUCGCGAUGUUGCUCCUCUUGGUUUGGAAACUCUGCUUCACAUAGAACCAUAUGGUAUUCACAGGGUGCUUUGUACACCAAAAUGUCAGUCGGAACCGGUCCAGACCCGCACUUAAUUUCUAAGAAAUAAAGUAAUAAAUUGAACUGAAAAUAUAAUUAUUUGCCUUUAUCGUUUCUGUAUGCUUGUCUAUAUGUGUUCUUGCAAAGACGAGACAGACAUUUACAGUGACACAAUGCUGCGUUCGAAUGGUCGAAUGUUCAGAUACGUUUAUAUUUCCCGCCACCGGAGCAACACAGUAUGGUUGUCAUGGCAACGUUGUAUGGUAGUAGUGCAUGUCCACUAAGGAGAGUGAAAGGGGAAAUAAAUCGUUGUCGAUAGUGGCUGUGGGUAAUCGGUGUAUUUUUAUUUUUCCUAGCUGUCUCGUUAAAUUGUUUCUAAACUUUGCAUAUUGUGGAGGUGAACAAUCCAUUUAACCGGGAACGUUUACGAUAAGGGGUAAUGGCUGCACGAUUAUGCAUGCGGAAAGAAUGACCUGUUGUUAUUUGUUAGCUACAUAGUAGCUAGCUAGACUAAGUUAGCCAGCCAGUUUAAAAAAAACUGUCGUGUUGCUAGCUAACCGUAUAGUUUAGCUAUGUCAGGCAACAGUCUUCCGCCUGUCCGAAAUCUACCCCACUGGUCCCGCGUUGGAUGUCUUGACAAGCCUUGCUUUCCACAACCACGUCCUUUCCCGUUUAACCACCUUGAACCGCUGUCCGAUUCACCCCGAGGGGACAGAGGGGGAGAGGUCUCAUCUCACCGGGACAUGGAUACUCGCGUUGCAUCGCUUCAGAGGAAUAUUCAGUUCCUGCAACUACAGCACAAGGACACUCUUCAGAAGCUACACGGUGAAAUAGAUGACCUCAGACGGGAAAAUAAAGAGCUGCAGUAUAAGCUGAUCAUGGAGCCUUCAAAGUCUUGCAGAAAAGGUAUUUCUUUAGGAUCAAGCCACCGGAGCACAAGGCCACCGACACAGGGCAGUGAGGCCCAGACAGAGAGAGUGAUCUACCUGGAGCAACCUUUACAAGACACACGCCCAUCUCAAGACCCAUGGCUCAGCAGUAUAGCGGGGGACGGUUGUGUGGCUCACGCCUACACUGAGACCACUGGAGUGGCAAAGCUUGAACACGAGUCAGAGUUGAGGGGAGGCCUCAUCACCUCUCUACAACCCCUCCGGAUCCACAGCAGCCCAUCCCAUCCCCCCCGACCCCCCACCCUUCAAGAAUGUGAGGUUAUCAUACGGCAGCUCUACAACGCCAACAGCCUGCAGUCUCAGGAGAUUAUACGUGUGAAGGCUGUCCUCCGAGACAUUGUGUUCAACAAGAAAAUCACUCCUGAGAACUACAUCAUGACAAAGGCCUACCUUGCUGACAGCACCAGCAAGGCAGAGAAGUUUCCCCAACUAGCACUUCCCAAGAGAAUGUCUGGGAACCAGGCAGGGGUGACAGAGAGGGUGAUCCUCCCAGCCCUCAAACAGCACCUGAGCUCCAGCAUCGCAGAGAGGCAGAAAAGGACCCAGGCUGUACAGAGGAGCAGGCUGAGGAGAACAGUGCAUUGAGAGGGGCAAACAGUACAGCAGGCCAGCCAGCACCGCAGAACCAAAGCCUCUUUAAAUAAGAUCAGGACCAGCUCCUAUUAUGGCCAUUGAAGGACUUAAAUUACCACUUAAUGAAUGUUAACAGUACCUGUCAAAAGUUUGGACACACCUACUAAUUCCAGGGUUUCUUUAUUUUUACUAUUUUCUACAUUGUAGAAAUACAUCUACAUUGUAGAAAAUAGUGAAGGGAAAAGGGGAU